CAACAGGCUCCAGCGGCUGCAACUUUGAACCACACGAAUAACUGGGCCGUACUCGUCAGCGCAUCGCGUUAUUGGUUUAACUACAGACAUAUGUCGAAUGCACUUGGAAUGUACCGGACGGUAAAGCGCCUUGGGAUUCCAGACUCGAAUAUCAUUCUCAUGCUCGCCGAUGAUACAGCGUGUAACUCGCGGAAUCAUUUUCCCGGUGCGGUGUACGCUGGCUCGGGGCACAAGAUCGACUUGUAUGGCGACAAUAUCGAGGUGGACUACAGAGGGUAUGAAGUGACCGUGGAGAAUAUUAUUCGACUGCUUACAGGCCGGGUAGAUGAUUCUGUACCACGAAGCAAGCGAUUAUUGACUGAUGCACGGUCAAAUGUCUUCGUCUAUAUGACCGGUCACGGUGGAAAUGAAUUCUUGAAGUUCCAGGAUAACGAAGAGAUCAGUGCAUUUGACAUUGCCGAUGCGUUCGAGCAAAUGUGGCAGAAGAAGAGGUACCAUGAACUACUUUUCAUGAUCGACACGUGUCAAGCGAAUACUAUGUAUUCCAAAAUUUAUUCCCCGAAUGUGCUUGCCACGGGAUCUUCUGAACUAGGCGAGAAUUCGUAUUCGCAUGAAAAUGACAAUGACAUCGGUGUUGCAGUCAUUGACAGUUUCACUCACCACGUCCUACAAUACAUGGAAGGCAUAAACAAAACAAGCCAUGCCUCAAUGCAAGACCUUUUCUCCACAUUUGAAUACCGUUCGAUCAAGUCACACGCCGGAGUGCGCUCAGACCUUUUUCCACGACCGCUGAACGAAGUGCGCAUAACAGAUUUCCUUGGCGGUGUUGCACAAGUCGGUGUCAUC